AUGGUCAGAGCACGCAGCCUAAAGUUACAACAACGAGGGCCAUCAUUAACUAAUGUGGCCAAUAGCCAGAGUCAGAACGGGGAUAAAGCAGGACACCCAGUCGUGGAGAAUCUGGAUUCCAUCUCUUCAAAAAGCGGAAUUCCUGGUGACAAGGGUUUGAUUAUUGGAAUGUGGGACCCCGCUUCAAUAUUUACAGUCACAGAAAUACCUAGAAGUCCUGCAAACUAUUACAACAACGUUUCGAAAUCCCUUACACCUUCCAGUGUACAAUUAACCAGCAUUUCCUCUGAUCCAAACAAAAACAUUGUAUUUGCAAGCAUCAGAGAUUCCAUUUACGCUUUCCAAAAUUUUACCAUCUGGCAGAAUAAAUCAUCCUCCUUUUCACUUGCAUUCAAAGGAAAGUCAAUAGCACUGGGUCAGAUAGCAUUUGAUUAUGUUUCAAAUAAUUUGUAUUGGUGUGAUUCGCUUCUAAACUGGAUUGCAAUGAAGCCAGCGUACAUGGACAACAAUACAAUAUAUAAAAUUGUUGCAUACCAAGAUCUGAAGCAACCGGAAGGAAUAACUCUUGAUCCCGAGGACGGGCUGAUGUUCUUUUCUGACAAUGAUCCAAAUUCAAGAAUCGAAAAAGCCUCCAUGGAUGGAACAAAUAGAUCCGUUAUAGUGCACACUGGAUUGAUACGGGUAUUAGCUCUUUCUGUCGACGCUGCCAAUAAUUUACUUUACUGGGCAGAUAUAGGCAGACACACACUUGAAGUAAGCAACUAUGAUGGGUCAAAUAGACGAGUUCUGAGACGCAAUAACAACGCUCAAGUUACAGGACUACACUAUAAUCAGAAUAUGUUGCAUGUUGUAAGUGCUGGAUCUAGAGUCUUAUUUGGGGUGGACACAAUAUCGGGGUCACAACUUUACUUUGUAAAGGUAACUGAAGCCCAGCCGUUUACAGUUCACGUUUACGAUGCAGAGGUCUCUAAAACAUACACUGAUCCAUGUUCUACACGCAGUUGUCAACAUAUGUGUGUUAACACACCUUUAGGAGCCACCUGCCUCUGUGCUGAGGGUUACCAACUCUCCUCAGAUGGAAUGACAUGCACAGACCGCUCAUGGUUCUACGAGAAGGGCUUCAUUGUUAGCAAUGCAACAGUGUUUUUCAUGCUUGACGUUCAUUCUGUUAACGGAAGACAAGACAAAGUGAAUUAUUUUCAAAUUUCUUCCGCAAAUAUCGAGACUUUUGCUGUGGACUCGAACUUACAUAUUAUCUACUUUGUGGACAGCAGGAGUAAUACAUUAAAGGAGUUAAGCAUUUUUACAGAACAAACAAGAACUUUAGCAUCUGUUUCAAACGCUAGAGACUUGGUAUUUGACUGGAUUGCGAAUCUCCUUGGAUGGAUUGAUACUUCCCAAUCUAACAUACAGGCCUUUACAAUAAACUCUGGGACAAUAUCCACCAUUUACUCAGGACUUGAACAACCAGUAUCUCUUACUGUCGACGCUCACAAUGGCUACCUAUUUUGGAUAUCGGGGACAUCAGCAAAGUCAAUUUUGCGAGGAAACUGGAAUAGAAAUGUUCAUCGAACUAUAGUGUCAUCUGCCAACCUUAAUAAUCCAAGUUCGCUUCAUUAUGAUGUCACAACCCAUAGGAUCUUCUGGCUUGAUAACUCAUUGAUAAAAAGUUCAAUGGUCAAUGGAUCUGACAUCAAAACUUAUAGCGUAAUCACAUUUGGAGCAACAAGGGCAUUUGUUUAUAAGGAUUUUUUUGGUUGGACGAGGGAAAAUACGAUAUAUUUUGCGAGAAAGGCUGCAUCAACUGCAGAAUACUCAAUCACUUUAGUACCAAAUAUGAAGGGUGUUGCUGUAUUUGACUCCUCUUUGCAACAAGAUGAAAAAGGCACCUGUCAUUUCUUAAAUGGUGGUUGUGAGGAUAUCUGUGUUCCACUACAAAGUGGACGAAAAUGUCAAUGUGAUUUAGGUCUGAAGCUUCAAACUGACUUGACCUGUGACAGCGAUAUCUAUACGACGAAUUUCAUUGUUGUGACGGAUUUUUCUCACGGAAGGAUUCUGCAGAUUGACCUUAACACAGGGAAUGUGACCAAGCUGCCAAUAAUUAUACAAAAGACUCCUGCUAUAAUGCUAGACAAGUCAACAAUGGAACUUUACUUUUCUGACAUUUCUGCAAAAACAAUCAUGUCAACUACUCUUCACGGACAAAAUAAAACCUUAGUUUAUUCAACAGGAUUUGCUUAUGCCGACCGAAUGGCGAUUGACUAUUCCACGGGGAACAUUUACUAUACAGCAGUCGGGUCAACCACAAGUCAAAGUUAUAUUGGAGUUGUAAAAAGAUUCAACUUAGUUCAUAAAACGCUACUCUCUAACCUGCACAGUCCAAGAGAAAUUGUUGUGUAUCCAUCAAAAGGCUUCAUGUACUGGACAGAGUUUGGAAACAUAACACAAAUAGGUAGAUCGUAUAUGGAUGGAACAUCAAAAUUUUACAUAGCAACAAAUGACAUUGGCUGGCCAAAUGGCCUUGCAAUUGAUUUUGAAACUAACAGAUUAUACUGGACAGAUGGGCUUAUGAAUCGCAUAGAGUACUCAGACCUAAAUGGAGGAAACAGACACGUUUUAACAACUGAUAAUGACGCACAUUUGAUGAGUAUUGCAAUAUUGGGACAACACCUGUUUUACACUGCAUGGAAUAGACAACGAAUAACAAAAAUGGAUAAAUCAACAGGAUCAAAAAUUACUUUUAUGUCAAAACACCCAGAGCUUGGUCGACUUGACAGUUUAGCAAUAUUUGCAGAUGACAGAGUAGAUGUGAACUCUAUUUGUUCGAAGAAGAAUGGUAAUUGCAGCACGUUCUGCUUUCCAACACCAAGCGGAAGAACAUGUGGAUGCCAGGAUAAUGUUAAUUUACAAUCUGACCAAACAACAUGUCAAGGAGUUUCCAGAUGUCCUACUUCUCUACCAAAUGUGAACUUUCUUAACUGCUUGCCAUACCCUGGACAAACUUGCACCAUUGACUGCAAACCAGGAUAUAGACCUGCUAGCAACAUGUCGAUUACAUGUGAUAAUGUUGGUCAAUGGGUUCCAUCCCCAUUUUCUCUAUGUACAGAGACUCUCUGUCCAUCAUCCAUUGACAAUGCUGUUGUGUCAUCCAGUUGUAGUAGAAGAGUUGGUGAAUCGUGUGAAAUCACAUGUUCUCAAAGUAACAUAUCCUACAGCUUACUUUGUACCACUGAAGGCACCUGGAGCCAAGACACAAGAACAAUUUGUUUAAGUUCUGGAUGUUCGAAGACAAUAUUAAAUGGCAAUCUAAUCAGCUGUCAGGCAAAUAUCGGAGACAUAUGCAGAUAUGAAUGUACAAGCCCUUUCAGAAAAAAUCCUUCGGUUUCAAAUAUUACAUGCAACUCAAAUGGAGACUGGAGUUAUGACACGAAUGAUUUAUGCCUUAGAUUAUGUCCAUCAACAAUCAAAAAUGGAAAACUUCCAUCUGAUUGCCAAAGAAAAAUUGGGAACAGUUGCUCAUUUACGUGUGAAGGUAGUCACAAAUCUACUAUAUCUUCUUCAAAUAUUGUGUGUACAUCCGAAGGCACCUGGAAUGAAAACACGGAAGAAUUAUGCAAAGAAGAUGCACCUAAAGUUGAGAAAACAUCGUUAACUGGUGUUUACAUUGGAUCCUCGGUAGGAGUCGUCAUCAUUAUUGUCACAUUGAUUGCUGUUAUAUUUUGCUUCAUCAAGAGAAAGAAACCACCUUUGAAUGCUUACGAGAGUCGACCUGUAGUGGGCGAUAACUCUUACUCGACAUUUCAAAAUGAUGGAUUUUCGCCUGAGGAGUUGCAUGAUAGAUCAUCAACUCAUAUUUACAGUACCAUAGAAGAGAUACACAAUACUGAAAAAGAAAUAUACUUAGAACCUAUUCAAUGAUUUUGUAAAGUGAAAUGCUAAGAAUCUCUCUGUUGUCAUAUUUUCUAUAACAUUAUGUUACGUGUUUUGUACAUAGGGAAACUAAAUUAAUCUAAUAAUUAAUCCUCCAUUGAUUGUCCCCUGCGUGCACUGAAAGUGGGGAAUAUUGGUUUGUGUCUGUCUGUCUGUCCGUCCAUCUGACGGUAUGUGAUUGUAUCUAUGUGUAUUUAUAACACUUUCGUUUUAGGCGAUAUCUCAAGACACCUUUGAACUUUUGCAAUGAAUGUAGAAACUCCCUAUGAUCUAAAGAAGACUCCUAAUGAUUAUGAAAUCAAAAGAUCAAACUUAAGAUCAGAAAUUUUAUAAAUUCUGUCUGUGUGAAACACUUUCGUUUCUGAGCGAUAUCUUAAAGAGUCUUUUAGCUUUUACAAUGAAACUUUAUAUCACAAGUUCUUAUGGCUUUAAGAGGACCCAUAUUGGUUUUGAGGUCGAAAAGUUAAAUGUCAAGGUCAGAUAUUCACAAAUUCUGUCUGUGUAACACUUUUCUUUCAAGACUAUAUUAUCUUAAAAAAGCACUUGAGAUUUUGCAAUGAAAUUUAAUAUACUCCUACCUAUGGCCUCAAAAACAUAUUGAUUUUAAGGUCAAAAGAUCAAGGUCAGAAAUACAGAUUGCAUACAUAGUUUUCAAUUGAUAAUUUUAGUUUUUUUAGUUUUUCUGUAAGCUUUUUCAAUGAAAUAUUAGGUCAUGAAUUUCUUUAAUUUUAGAAAGACUCAUGUUGACUUAAUGCCAAAAGCUAAAAGGUUAUUUAAGGUUGACUUUUUUUAUUUCUUCAUCUGCAUAUUUUUUUUAGUUUUUCCACCUUCUUCGUUAUCCUUAAGCGGGGAA